AUGAUUGGAGUAACAAAAGCUAUCAACGACACAAGUAAAAACCAGAUUCGUUCACAUUUACCAGUUGGAAAAAAAACAAUAUCUAAGAAGAAAUGUGUUGGUGUUACUAAAAAAUGUGAUUUUCCAAGACUAUGCUCUAGUAUAUCUUCGACAAAUCUUCCACAACACUGCUCUCCUUUACAACCGUCUCCUGAGAUAUCAUUAAUUGUUGAUAGUUUGCCUGGUGUUUUCGCUGUUGAAAAACCAACAAAUUAUGUAGUCACAAAUUCUUCAACAGUUACUGAAAAUAAAGAAAAUAUCUCAAUCACAAAAGCUUCAACACAAAAUUCUAUCUCACCACUUUCAAUAGAUCCUUCUUCUCUUUUCAAAGAUCUCUUUGAUUGCAGUGAUGAUUGCUUUACUGAACUUAAAAAUCUUUCCAACCAUUUUGUGAGUGAUGAAACAUUGACACCUGUUGCUAAAUUACCUCAGGAUGAUAAUACGCAUAAAACCACUUCUGUGAUAGUACUUUCCGAGGUGCCAACAUUCGAGUCCGAGGAAAAUAAAUUAUAUUCUUCUAGCACCCAGUAUUUUUCUGUUCAGAGUGAAAAUGAUUCCUCAAGUCCGAAAACUCCCGAUUCUUCAGUUAUGGAAAUGAACUUAAAUGUAAAGAUAACCGACUCACUGCUUGAAUCAACUUGUGAGUCGUGCAAUAACACUGAUUUACCGAAUCUUUCUGUUGUUCCUGAUACUGACAAAGAAAAUAUGAAUGGGCAAUGUGUUGAUGUAACCACAAACUCAACAUCCCCAACGCUUCAUAAAGAUUCAUCCAUUGUUAAUUAUGUACGAGACUCAGUAGUACAGUUCGUUCAGGGCAUAAAGAGAAAGCUUUCACCUCGAGGAUCAUGGGUUACACCGCUGACGAGUCGUAUUCUUAAAUCGAGUUCGGAGAAUGCACCACAGUCUGAUGCUAAGCGUCCACGAAAAUCCUCUCCAACUCAUCAUCCCACUACCUUGACAGCUAAAGCAACUACUUCGUCUACAUCUCUAUUGAGCUUAUCGUUGACAUCUACAAAUAGUUCAUUUUCUAAUUUGGAAUACUCAUCAUACACACCUGAUCGAUUCAAAUAUUUUUCUUGUAACCCUGUGAAUCCUACCCGUUCCUUGCCAAUAGUUCGUCGUUGGGAACGACAGCAUAAUCCUUUGCAUGAGGUAGUUUCCUUCAAUAACAGUAGCAUCUCAAAAUCACUAAGUUCCACAGAAUCUUCAUGCUCUAUAACUAAGAGUAUAAAUAAACACCAACAACUGGGUAAACAUGAACGAAAGAUUUUUAAACGUUACUUCUAUUCGAUUAACGAAAUUCGCCGAAUUCCUCUGAAUGAAGAUAAUUAUUUAGAAUUAUGGAAAAGUUUUUUUUCGUAA